AUGGGUUCUCCUCUGCAAACACUGAUUGCCACAGUGGCUAUGCUAAGCCUGCUUAUCGGAUGUGCAGAGAAAGUGAGUGGAAUGCGUUACAUUCCCAACUUCUUCACUACCGGUGAGACAAAACAGUCAGAGUUUCUUGUGGGCAUUGCACCCCAACCAUCUGGUCUGAUCCCUAGACUAGGAAGAUUCUUGCUGCCACCUCAACCUAAAAGGCCAUUCCAUCCUUACCACGAUCCAAUUGCUGCUGCUCCAGCCUCUUCUUGUGGAAUCCCUAGUAAUUUUGCCCCACACCCUGGAUAUGGAGCUUCCGGUCCAAGCUCUAGAGAAGAUGAAGUUCCACCAGUGCCACAACCACUUGAACCCAUCAACAAAUAA